ACAUGAAAACAAGGGAGGCUGUGAGGUAGGAUGUGUAGUUAUAACUGCCACAUACACACAGAUCUGCUCAGGUGUUGGGACUAAUACAUGGAAAGGAUGCUGGACCGCUGCCUCAGUGUACUUCUCAUACUACAGGUGGCAUGUUCACUGGUGUUGAGUGAGAGUACGUGUUCCCAGUGUGACCGUGGCGCACUAAGAUGUCAGAAGAUAUCUGGGAUCUAUACAGUCAAGUAUUUGAGUCAAGGCUACCAUCCUAUUGUGGACAUACCAGCAGGUGCUUGUAACGUCAAUGUUACAGAGCUCAAAAACAGCAGAAACUACCUCGCUUUAAAAGCAAGCACAGGACACUGGAUUUUGAAUGGUCGAUGGGUCAAGAACAAACCUGGACUGUAUCACGGAGCAGGAACACAGUUUAGGUAUGACAAAGACAGUUCCAGGUGUCCUAGCGAGUGUAUCUGGGGACAUGGGCCACUCAAACACAAGGUCACGGUACAGAUAUUGUAUGCCUGGACGAAUGAAGGCGUUAUAUAUGAGUUCACCCUGCCCCCAGAUGUAGAGUAUACAUCUCCUACGAAUCUAGUCCCUGCGGGGCAUACCGUCCAUAGGCGUCGCCAUCACCAUCGCCGGCCACAUUACCGACCCUCAAAUUUACGAAAUGUUUCAAGCACCUCUGUGAAUCAGAAUAAUUAUGGAAAACAUUCAAGAGUAGAGAGUGAUCCUACUUUCUCACACCAUUUGGGGUCAAAGAUUAGAGUUGAACAACAACAACCCGGAAGUAUUCGUCUUCAGCCACGUCCAGAGUAUGUGUCUCCUGCAGAAACCAACACAGGCUAUCAGGCCCUGCGGUCAGUAGGAUCGAGUGUGAGAUAUGGUGUCAGACCACUGUUUACUGAGCACAGGGAAGAGCUGACCAGUGAGGACAGAAGCACAAGCCGUGCCCUUGAGAUACCAAGUGGUGGGACCAACUCCCUUGUCCUUCAAAGUCUGUAUUCAUGGAGGAUAGCAGGAUUUACAGCCUGUACUCAUACCUGUGGGUCAGGUACACAGGAGACAGAAGUGUUGUGUGUACUUAAGACAACCCAGGUCCAGGUUACGGACGACAACUGUGAUGUAUCACUUCGCCCACCCAAACAGACCGUCACGUGUAACAAGUCACCCUGUCCUCCACAGUGGGAGCUUCACUCCUGGUCAGUUUGCUCCGUGACAUGUGGGCGUGGAACACAGUCAAGGCGAGUGGAGUGUAAGAGACGAAUCUCUGGAGAAAAUCAUAUCAGUGUUUCAGCAUCCCUUUGUGAUGCUGAAGAAAAGCCUGCAAUAGUACAGCAGUGUGAGAAUGAUCCCUGUACCCGAUGGAAGACAGGGAACUGGGGCCAGUGCUCAGUGAAUUGUGGUAGUGGUGAGAGGCGUAGAACUGUCCAGUGUGUGGACUCUCAGGACAGGCCUGUAACAGCAGAGCUAUGUGAUUCCCCUACCCCUCGGGAUGUAGAAACAUGUAACCAGGGUCCUUGUGAACACCACUGGUUCUUCUCUAAGUGGUCACAUGAGUGUUCCAGGUCCUGUAAUGGAGGAGUGAAGACUCGCAGUGUUCAUUGUGCCACUAUUCGAGGCCACAAGUCCCUGGAUGUAAACUGUGAUCUUGCCAGUCGGCCUGAAGACCAACAGCAGUGCCAGAACAGCAGAGGCAGUGGCCACUGUGGCAAUGAUUGGUUUGCUGGUCCCUGGAGUCAGUGUUCCACUUCCUGUGGUGAAGGUGUAAGGGCACGCCAUGUCUUGUGCCUGGCAGUGGAUAAAAAUCAGAACAGUCGGGCUGUACCACUAGACAGGUGUGAUAACAACACAAAACCAGCAUCACAAGAACUAUGUCAGAAGUCCUCCUGUGGAGCACAGUGGCACAUGUCUGAAUGGACACAGUGCCCUGUAACCUGUGGAGAAGGUCAGGUGACUCGUACUGUGAUGUGUCUAGAUGAGGCUAAACAGCCUUCGACAAGCUGUGACCAGUCUGACCGUCCUCCAUCUCGGGAUACUUGUACUCAGAGAACGUGUAUGAGCAGUUUGUCAGAUGCAGAUCCCUCCUGCAAAGAUCGUUAUAGCAACUGUCAGUUAGUUGUACAAGCUCGUCUGUGUCGCUAUGACUACUACAGUCAAAUCUGUUGUGCUGCUUGUUAUCAUGAACAAAAAGUCAACUGACAUAGCUCAUACAAUGACUGAUAUUAAACACAUAUCUGCCUGUAAAAAUAUUCUGCAUUCCAGAAAGAUCGGUCAUGUAACACGUUGAUUGUAAGACCUAUUCAAGGUUAGAUGUAUGUAGUAAUCAGACCUAGAAUACCAUGAAAUAGGUCACUGUGUGACAGUUCUCAAGGUUCAUACAAUUUACUGGCUUGUUUGGUAGUAAAAAGGCUUCAGAAAUAGUCUUGUAAGAAUUUUGUCGGUUCAUUGUGUGAAGCAGGCUUGAAGAAAAUCACUAAACACUGCUGAGAAGAGAAUACAACCAUAAAUAUAUUGUCCAUUGUUUUCAGCAUUGUGUACAGGUAGGUGGAAAGUUCUGUGACUAUAUGGAAGUUAUGACUGGUUGUGUCUGAGUCUGUAGGAUGAAUUAAUAUCAUUUUAAAAUGUUGACAUCAUCAUAUGUAGAGUUAUUUGAUUGUUGGGUUUCUUGACAUGGAUUAAAUUUGAGCUGGUAACAUGUCUAAGUGGCUCUAGUGAGGAGCUGCAUUGUCAAGGCCUGUAAAACUAUGUACAGUGGAUGAUGAUGUUGAAAUCUUAUACAAAUAUAGAUAUGAUUUAAAUAUCUAAACCUGUAUAGAUACAAAUAUUGUACAAUGUUCUAAGCUCCCUAUAAUUUGCUAUCACCAUAACCAUUAAUUGUUGCUGUGUAGUUAAUACUAGAGCAACAAUCGUUCCACUCUUUUAUGACAAUCAGAAAGCUGCACAGAGAUGCUAAUUAAAAUUUUAACCAGGUAAGCAUGUCAUUUUCUAUCACAUGACGUCAUGCAUUUAUGCGUUGAUAAACCAUGAAAUAAUGUAAUAAAUCACAGGACAGUCAUGUGACAUUUUAUUAGCUUAAUGAAUUCUUGACUUGUAUCUGUUAAAAGUUGUUAGUUGUUUUUCCUUGCCUAUAAUGUUAUUUGAUUCCCCGAUAUUUGUGAAAGUAUUCUGAAAGAAAAAUUGUCUGUGCUUAUGAUGAUUAGGGUUAGGGUUCAUUUCAAACAAGGUCCAGUCCUAGUUCACCUGCUAAUGCUGUCAUUUACUGAUAGUUUAUCUACAUGUAAGAAAACGUUCUCUAAUUAUGUGACAUAUGCAGUAAUUUCAGUUGGUAAUUUUUCUGGCAAUAUGUUAAAAAUACAUGUAAUAUCAGUAAAAUAUUUUUUUCGGUCAAUAGCCAUUCUGAGUAUGUCACAAACUACAGCAUUUCCAUUGUAGGACAUAUUACUUAUGUUUGUUACAGAUCUUGAUAAAAGACAGGUAGUUGUUAUCAUUAUUAGGAUUAAAGAACAUUAUAAGGUAUUAUAUGAAUUCUCAAUAAAACAUUUGAGUUUCAGUUCACAUUAAUUCUUUCUGGAUUCCAUCAUUGCUUAGUGAUGUGAACUUAAUCUAACCAGUGUUAAGAUACUUAAAUUAGGUAGGGAGAUCUGUGUAUGUCUGUGUUUGAGAGAUAGGAGAGAGGUGAGAGAGCAGGGGCGAAAUGAUAGAGAGGUGGAUACGGGUAGGAGAGGAGGGAUGAGAGAGAGGAAGAAAGGGGUGAGAGAGUAGGGAUGAGAUGAUGAGAGAGAAGGUGAGAAAGCAGGGGUGAAAUGAAAGACAGGAGGAUAUGGGCAGGAGAGGAGGGAUGAGAGAGAGGAAGAAAGGGGUGAGAGAGUAGGGAUGAGAUGAUGAGAGAGAAGGUGAGUAAGCAGGGGUGAAAUGAAAGACAGGAGGAUAUGGGCAGGAGAGGAGGGAUGAGAGAGAGGAAGAAAGGGGUGAGAGAGUAGGGAUGAGAUGAUGAGAGAGAAGGAAAGAGGUGAGAGAGCAGGGGCGAAAUGAUAGAGAGGUGGAUACGGGUAGGAGAGGAGGGAUGAGAGAGAGGAAGAAAGGGGUGAGAGAGUAGGGAUGAGAUGAUGAGAGAGAAGGUGAGAGAGCAGGGGUGAAAUGAAAGACAGGAGGAUAUGGGCAGGAGAGGAGGGAUGAGAGAGAGGAAGAAAGGGGUGAGAGAGUAGGGAUGAGAUGA